GAAGUUAACACGUAGAGGAAAAUGGAGCACAGCUGAGAAGAGCAUCUGCUCCAAAACUCCGCGAAACCCGAGCCAUUUGCACGCAGAAUCCCAUUUUCACGUGCUGAAGAGCCUGAUGAUAGUAAGGCGCGCUUGGGAAGCGUGUUGACAAACGCGAAACGCAACAAACAUCGUGGUGAAAGUAGCGAGCGUCGAGUCGGAGCGCCGGUCACGUGACUCCAGCACAGGCCUGCUGUCUGUUGUCAGCGGACGGAGAGGGAGGAAAGAACAUGGCGGCUACGAGCGACCUGAAGCGGGGCGCCGGGCGUUCGUUUUGAGCUUUCUCGCGUUAACCGAGACCGGGGCUCCGCGGGACUAGUGCAUCCUCACCUGCGCGGGAUCAACUUUGCGGUGGUGCCCGAAAUUCCGGGUUUGGUGCGUGUAAAGUGCAGGCAAAACGCGAAACUGAGGAGAAUAGAUUUUUAUCCAUAAUGAGGGGGAGACGAGGCAGGCCGCCCAAAGCCCAGCUCAUGCAGGAGCCCACAACGGGGCCGGUGCGCGGUCUGAGACCCCGCCGGGGCUUGAGGGCGAAGGCCAAAGGGAUCUCAGAUGAGGAUUAUGUCACCCCUAAACGCGGGACCCAUCAUCAUUCAACACGAGGCCGGAGGAAAGCGCGAUCCGCGGGAUCGAGGGGCAGAGGAAGAGGCAGGGGAACGGCCAGAGGCAGGGGGCGGCGGAGCGCCGCGAGCGGGGUGGUUUACGACGACCACGAGAGCGAUGAAGACGAUGAAGACGCGGUCAGUCUCAGAUCGGACGAGGAAGAAUACAUGGAGGAGCCUCUGACGGACGAAGAGGAGGAAGAAGAAGAGGAGGAGGCCAACGACGAGUCCGACUACCUGGAGGAACUGGACGAUUUGGAAGAAGACGAUGCCAGCUACUGCACGGAGAGCAGCCACGGCAGCAACGCAGGUCGCAAAAGACCAAGACCAAGGCGACCGCCUUCUCCUAUUCUGGAGCAGAAGGAGAUUCCUCCUCUGGAGCUCCCCAGUUCCUCCGAGGACCUUCUCAUUCCCAACGAGCAGCUACUUAACGCGUCGGCUAUUUACGAGGUCCUCCGCAGUUUCAGCACUGUCCUGCGUCUCUCUCCGUUCCGUUUCGAGGACUUCUGCGCCGCGCUGGUUGGACAGGAGCAAUGCACGCUGAUGGCGGAGACGCACAUCUGUCUGCUGAAGGCCAUCUUGAGGGAGGAGGACACCUCCAACACCACUUUUGGACCGGCGGACCUCAAGGACAGCGUCAACUCCACGCUCUACUUCAUCGACGGUAUGACCUGGCCGGAAGUGGUGCGCGCGUACUGCGAAAGCGACCCCGAGUAUCACCACGUGCUCCCUGACCUGGAGGGUGAAGACUAUCCGUUUAGCCCGUUGGAGAGCAAAGUCAAGGUCUUGCAGUUCCUGGUGGACCAGUUCCUCACCACCAACCUGGCCCGCGAGGAGCUCAUGUCCGAGGGCGUCAUUCAGUACGACGACCACUGCCGGGUUUGCCACAGGCUGGGCGACUUGCUGUGCUGCGAGACCUGCUCGGCCGUGUAUCACCUGGAGUGUGUCAAGCCUCCUCUGGAGGAGGUGCCCGAGGACGAAUGGCAGUGUGAGAUUUGUGUGGCGCACAAAGUGCCCGGCGUCACAGACUGUCUGACCGAGUUCCAGAAGAGCCGGCCGUACAUCCGCCAGGAACCCAUCGGAUACGACCGACAUCAAAGAAAAUACUGGUUUCUCAACAGGAGGAUUAUUGUAGAGGAAGAGAGUGAGGAUGAAAAUAAGCAGACGUGGUACUACAGCACUAAAGUCCAGCUGGCCGAGAUGUUGGAUGUUCUGGAUAAAGACUACUGGGAGAAUGACCUCUGCUCUGUGCUGGAGGAGAUGAGAGAGGAGAUUCACUCGCACAUGGACAUUACUGAGGAGCUCACUAACAAGGCCCGGGGGAAUAACAAAGCAUACCUCACCGUUGCCAACGAUGUGAUCCUGGACCGCCUGAAGACCAAGCAAGAAGCGGAGCUUGAGGAGGUGAAGCGACGGGCAGCAGAGGAGGCCGAGAGGGCCAGACUGGAAGCAAAAUCUGUGGCUGGUGACCCAGCUGCAGCUGAUCAGAUGAACUCCAACGGAUCGUGUCCACAGCAAGACUCCAGUAACGGGACUGCAACGAAUGAGCAAACUUCUGCGGAUGCCUCAGUCUCAGCCGUCCCGACUGGUGAGGUGGGCAGCACUAAUGUUCCUGAGCUUGCCGUGUCCAGCUCGGCCAUGCAGACUAAACCUGACACCCAGAAUCCUACGGGAAAUGCCGUGACGUCGUCUUCCAGUGGUGAGGAGAAAGGGGAAGGGCCCGAAGGGGUGAAAGAGUUGCCAGGUAAAAGCUCAGAGUCUGCUGGUCACGGUGAAGGAGAAUCUGUGUUAGAGCCUGAACCUGCGCAGAUGGCGGACGAGAACAGCUGCAGCAGUCAUUUCUCCAUCUCUGACUGCCUGCGAGGUCCAGAAGAGCCUGAUCUGGUGGAUCGGUCCUCACAGUCUUCUCUCAACAGCCAGGAUGAGACAGGUGAAGGUAAAACUAACGGAGAUAGCGCAAAAACAGGAUCCUCACGCAUGAUUACGCGACUCCGAAACCCUGACAGCAAGCUAAGUCAACGCAAGGUCAUGCAGGACAAAGACGGCAGCUCUCAAGAUGGUAGCAGAGCACUUAAAGAGACUCCUCCCAUGUCGUCCUUCGGCUCCUUUAAGAGAGACUCAAACAAGAGCAGUGGCUUUUUCAAACUGGGCCAAGAGGGCAAGUUUCGUGUCUACCACAACCAGUACAGCACUAACACACUUGCACUGAACAAGCACCAGCACCGCGAGGACCACGACAAACGCAGACACCUCUCUCACAAGUUCUGCAUGACCCCUGCUGGUGAGUUCAAGUGGAACGGAUCGCUGUACGGCUCCAAAGCCCUGACUGUGUCCACGCUGAGACUAACCAUCAUCCAGCUGGAGAACAAUAUCCCUGCUCCGUUCUUGCAUCCCAACUGGGCAUCACACAGGUCAAACUGGAUUAAGGCUGUUCAGAUGUGCAGCAAGGCGAGAGAGUUUGCUUUAGCUUUGGCCAUUCUGGAGUGUGCGAUCAAACCGGUGGUCAUGCUGCCCAUGUGGAAGGAUUCUCUGGGUCACACAAGGCUUCAUCGCAUGACCUCUGUGGAGCGGGAAGAGAAGGAGAAGGUGAAAAAGAGAGAGAAAAAGCUAGAAGAUGAAGAGACUAUGCAGCAGGCCACAUGGGUGAAAUACACGUUCCCCAUCAAACACCAGGUGUGGAAGCAGAAGGGUGAGGAGUACAGAGUAACUGGCUAUGGAGGCUGGAGCUGGGUGAGUAAGACGCACGUCCAUCGCUUUCUCCCCAAGCUACCUGGAAACACCAACGUCAAUUACCGGAAAGCACUUGAGGCUAAAUCUGGAAUGGACAUUCAGGCAGUUCUCCCAGAAACACCAAAAACUUUGGUUAAGAUGGAUGAAAAUUCAUCUGAAAGUGUGGCUGAAAAAGAUAACGUCCAGGAAACAUCACCGGACUCUUCUGAAGAGAAGCUAGCUGUGGAGAAAGAUCAUGUAUUAAAAGAUGAAGAACAAAAUGAAGAAAAUAAGAAUGAAACGGUUGAGAAAAAUGAAUCUGUGGAAGAAAUGGACACCAGCACACCUAACUCUGUAAAUGAUGAAGCAGCUAACGUCACAAAUGCCUCAUCCGAUGACUCUCCUUUGAAAGGAGAGCCUUCGGAUAGUGAGGUGGCGAAGGAUAGUGCUCUGAAUCAGCCCCAGCAGUCCUUCUGGCAUGAUGUCGUGAAUGUCAGCGAAGGCUUCUUGCUACGCACGGCAUACAAGAAAAUGAAGGCAUCAAAACUCGAUGGCCUUUUGGAGAGACGGGUCAAACAGUUCACCAUAGAAGAGAAGCAGAGGCUUGAGAAACUCAAGCAGGGCACCGGUUCUAAACCCUUGACCGAAAAGAUAACGGAAAACAAGGAGACAACCUUUGCUGCUGAAGACCAGAAGGUCAAGAUUGAAGGAACUCUCUCUGAAACUCCAAAGUCUAGACAGACCGAGGGGGUAGCGUGUCUAGCGAUCCAAGAAAAAGACAAUGUGGUCAAAAAGCUUGAUUUUAACCAAGAGGACGAACAGGCGAAGACAAACACUUCAGGACAGAAGAACAUCCUGGAUGUCAGAUUAAAUGACGUAAGUGACGUAGCCUCUAAAGAACAUCAGCAGAAGUUGCCAGAGCCUGAACCCAAAACUGGCAAUAGGGUAGCAAUGUCUGAGCUUAACGGAAACUCUCAAAGUCUGGAUCAAAGCUUGAACGCUAAACCUGAUAAAACUGUUACGGAAACUACAUGUCCGCCUGAAGACUCUGAGAGAAAGGACACCAUUGAAAACAAUGAAAAUGAUCUAGAUGUAAAGAGAACAGUGCCUGUGCAAGUAAACGGGAAAGAUGGUCUUGUUGACACCGAAUGUAAGAAUUUGACUGAUAAUGUUAACACAGAGGAGAUUAAAGCAAUAUCACCAAAGGAACCAGUGAAGUCACUAAUGAACGGUGACGCCACUCAAGAGUGUCUUAAAGAAUGGACUAAUAGCACGCUUCCUCAGGUGAAUUCGAUUGAGGAGAAAGGACUUACUGAACUUGACUCUGAUUAUCCACCGCCUCAGAAAGUGGCCAAGGUGGAAAACAGCAUUGAAGAACCUGUAGAUUCCUCGGUUAGUUCCUCUGUCCCCGAACCGUCUUCUGUAGCUUCCGAGCCAAACGCCGAAUCCGAGGUGCCUAGUCACAGCUCAAAGGUGGAGCCGAUGCAAGUUGAGGAGACGAAGCCUCCAGUUCCUUCACCCGUCCCUUCAGCGGAAGAGUCCAGCUUAAGCAGCGACCUCACUGAAAACAGCAGCAGCGUUGGCGAGACUACGACUGUCAUUACUCAAGUCACCACAACUACCACCACAGUAUCCACGGAGUCCCGCAUGGUGUUGACCUCACGUGACAGCCUUGCUUCCAAUAACGGGAUCAGUCCAUCCAUACCAGCAGAUCCUAAGGUGGAGUCUACCAGCUCUGUUUCGAAACUCUCCACUACAACUACCACUACUGUUACCAAGGUUAUGAACUCAUCCGAGGAAGCCACUCUAACGAAAGAGUGCAAGACCACCGUUACGAAAACACUGAUCGACGCCAGGUCGAGUCCUAGUGGUUCCACGGUAAAAUCUAUGACCGUGAGUCAGGAAUAUUCCACCAGGGACAGGGUACGACUAUUGAAAUUCUCUCGCACCAAGAAAACAAGGUCUGGAACGGCCUUGCCCUCGUACCGCAAGUUUGUGACCAAGAGUAGCAAGAAGAGUAUCUUCGUGCUUCCCAAUGAUGAGCUGAAGAAACUAGCAAGGCGUGGCGGCAUCCGUGAAGUUCCUAUCUUCAAUUAUAAUGCCAAGCCAGCCCUAGAUAUCUGGCCGUACCCAUCUCCACGACCAACAUUUGGGAUCACAUGGAGAUAUCGCCUCCAGACGGUGAGGUCUUUGGCUGGAGUCAGCCUAAUGCUACGGCUUCUUUGGGCCUGCCUCAGAUGGGACGAUAUGUCUGUGAAACCCUCACCCACGGGAGGAACAACGCGAACAGAGACGUCUGACACUGAUAUCACCACCACUGAGAUUAUCAAGCGGAGAGAUGUUGGUCCUUACGGCAUUCGUUCUGAGUAUUGCAUCAGGAAGAUCAUUUGUCCCCUUGGGGUGCCUGAGACUCCCAAAGAAACUCCCACACCUCAAAGGAAAGGCCUUCGUUCGAGUGCUCUAAGACCAAAGAAGCCAGAACCAGCUAAACAGACUGGGCCUGUUGUGAUCGAAACCUGGGUGGCUGAGGAAGACCUGGAACUCUGGGAGAUUCGAGCCUUUACUGAAAGGGUUGAGAGGGAAAAGGCGCAAGCAGCUGACCCAACUAAGGUUAGUGUGCAGAAGAAAGCAGAGGAGGUCAAGGCCCAAUUGGAAGCUCAGCUAAAGCAGCAGAGAUUGGCAGCCCAGCAGAAACGGCUGGAACAGCAGAAACCUAGCAGCACCAGCAACACAUCCACCUUGACCAGCACCCCUACGACCCCUGGGACCACUACUCAGAAGGUGGUGGUGGGCUCUAUUAGCGGUCAGGUAACUACGGCGCCGAAAGUGGUAAUGACCACCAAGUUGGGCUCUCCAGUGACAUUCCAGCAAAACAAGAACUUCCAGCAGUCCUUUGCUUCCUGGGUCAAGCAGGGCCAACAAGGCAACACAGUCUCUACCAGUUCGGUUGUGACUGUGGCGGCGAGUAGCGCCACCACGUCCGGGCAAACGUUCCACAUCGCCACUGCUGCGGGGUCGAUGGCCGGCAGCGUCAUCGCUGCUAAACUACCUGUUCCAGCCAACAGCAAGAUAGUCACAGUGAACGUGCCAAGCACUCAAGGAGGUUUGGUGCAGGUCCAGCAGAAGGUGGUGGGCAUCAUUCCAUCGAGCACAGCGGGCACCGCACAGUCCUUCCCUGCAUUCCAGCCCCGUACGGCCACCAUCAACAUCAGACCCAACACAACCACCUCCACACAGCAGGUCCUUACGACUGGAACGACUCUCCGGCCGGGGAUGACUGUGAUACGCUCUCCUCUGCAACAGACCACCACCCUGGGCAAGACUAUCAUUCGCACACCCCUGAUGGUUCAGCAAGGUCAAGCACAACAGACAGUGCAAACGAGCUCAGGUGCUCAGGCGGUGGGCACUCCUCCUCGCCUCUCCACCCCAAACCAAGCCCAGACCCCGCAGACACCCGCUUCUCCCCGACCACAGCAGGGUCAGGUCAAACUCACUCUGGCCCAGCUCACACAGCUCACGCAGGGGGCUCAGGGAGGGAACCAGGGCUUGACGGUUGUGAUCCAGGGGCAAGGUCAGACCACAGGCCAGCUGCAGGUCAUUCCUCAGGGGGUGACGGUCAUUCCGGGACCCGGUCAGCAGCUCAUGCAAGCAGCUAUGCCCAAUGGCCAAGUCCAGCGGUUCCUGUUCACACCCAUGGCCCCUGCACCAGUGUCCGCCCCCGCUGCCCCCGCCACGACAACCUCAUCAGGCGUCCCAGCCACAGCUGCACCAGCUCCUGCUGUCACCAGCACAACUCCGGCACCCAUUCAGCCAGCUGCUCGUCUUGCUCCACAGCCCCAGCCUCCAACCUCACUUCCUCCCACAUCAACUGUCCCCCAAUCACAGCCGAUCCAGCAACCACCCACCCCAGUCCCAAACACAGUCGUUCCCCACCCCACUCCAUCUGUACAGCCCCACCCGCCCGUGCAGCUCCGACCUCAACCUCAGGUCCCUCCUCAAACUUCAGUCCCGGCUCCUACACCUGUCCCCGUCCCCGUCCCCGUCCCCACCCCCACCCCCACCCCCCAAAUAGCACAGGUGACGGCCACCGCACCUCUUCAACAGGUCACCACGCUCCCCAUCACCCAGACCACGGUUACCAAAGUCCAGCCCCAGAUCCAGCUCGGCCCGCAGCUCCUCAGCGUCUCCGGGCUCCAGCAGCAGGUCAUCUCCCACAUCCAGAGUCACGUAGCGGCCCAGAUUCAAGCUCAGGUCCAGCAGGUCGGGACCACGGCCGGGAUGCCCCAGCAGAUCAAACUGCAGCUGCCCAUUCAGAUCCAGCAGCAGAGCGCAGGGCAAGACCAAGCGCACCAGAUCCAGAAUCUGGUGACCAUACAGACGGCCAGCGUUCAGGAGCAGCUCCAGCGGAUCCAGCAGCUCUGCGAGCAGCAGCAGCAGAAGAAGAAACAGCAGGAGGCUAAGAGAGAGCAGGCCCAACAGCACGUCAGCCAGAGCGACCUGAUACAGAAACAGGUGGCUCAGAAGCAGAAUGUGGCCAUCGAGCAGUUAAAACAGAAAAAAACCAUGACUCCUGCCGAAAGAGAAGAGAACCAGAGGAUGAUUGUCUGUAACCAGGUGAUGAAGUUCAUCCUGGAUAAAAUCGAUAAGGACGAGAGGCAGGCGGCCAAAAAGAGGAAACGGGAGGAGUCGGUGGAGCAAAAGCGCAGCAAGCAGAACGCCAGCAAGCUGUCGGCGCUGCUCUUCAAACACAAAGAGCAGCUCAAGGCUGAUAUCCUGAAGAAAAGAGCGCUGCUUGAUAAAGAACUACAGCUGCAAGUGCAGGAGGAGCUGAAGCGCGAUCUCAUUAAACUGCGGCGGGAGAAGGAGAAGGCUCAGGCUGCGGCUGCACAAGCUGCAGCAGCCGCCGCAGCUGCCGCCAGCGCACACGUGCACAGCGGUCUCUCCUCGUACACGACCACGGUCACGUCCCCCUCCUCCGCGCACAAACGCAAGCGGGACGAGGAGAGAGACGCCUCCAAGUCCAAACGCAAAAAGAUGAUCUCCACUACCUCAAAGGACAGCAAGAGGGACAUCAAGUUAUACUGCAUCUGCAAGACGCCCUAUGACGAGUCUAAGUUCUACAUUGGUUGUGACCUCUGCUCUAACUGGUAUCAUGGAGAGUGUGUGGGCAUUACCGAGAAAGAGGCCAAGAAGAUGGACGACUACAUCUGUUCCGAAUGUAAACGAGCUCAGGAGGGAAGCACAGAGGAGCUCUACUGCAUCUGCAGAACUCCAUACGACGAGUCACAGUUCUACAUCGGCUGCGAUCGCUGUCAGAACUGGUACCACGGGCGCUGCGUGGGCAUCCUACAGAGCGAAGCCACACAUAUCGACGAGUAUGUGUGCCCGCAGUGCCAGUCUACAGAGGAUGCCAUGACGGUCCUGACGCCACUCACAGAUAAAGACUAUGAGGGGCUGAAGCGAAUCCUGCGCUCCUUACAGUCCCAUAAGAUGGCGUGGCCGUUCCUGGAACCAGUGGAUCCGAAUGAUGCUCCAGAUUAUUAUGGGAUCAUCAAGGAACCGAUGGACCUUUCUACAAUGGAGGAGAGGAUACAGAAACGCUAUUACAGCAAACUCACAGAGUUCGUAGCGGACAUGACCAAAAUCUUUGACAACUGCCGCUACUACAAUCCCAGCGACUCGCCUUUUUACCAGUGUGCUGAGUUCCUGGAGUCUUUCUUUGUACAGAAACUCAAAGCUUUCAAAGCAAGCAGGUCUCAUAACAACAAACUACAGUCAUCAGCCUCAUAGAAUACAACCUAAAUAAACUUUGAACAUUUAAUUCAAGAUGGAACUCUGUCCCAGUCAGCCAGCACCGCACAUAGCCACAGCGUUUGGUGGAAUAUCGGACAUAAAAGCUGUGGGUUCGGAUCAAGAAUGGACGGUUUACAUUUUUGAUUGUUAAAGCAAUGAGUUUUGACUGGGAUGCUCUCCUAUUGGAGUUCUUUAUGGAUUUAAAUGCCUACAAAAAUGUUUUUGUGAGUUUUUAAAACCCUCCGGAAUCAUGUUCGCAUUUUCCAGGACAGCGGGAGUCUAUCAUGGGUGCCCCCUUUGUUUUUUUUGGUUUUUGUUUUCCCCCCUUCAUAUGAUUCAGCAUACUACUUCAGAAGUGGAAUGUGGACGCAAUCUGCUAAUUGGUUUUUAAGCAAUGGGGUUGAUCGAGUUACCUAAACUAAGAAGUGUUGCUCUAAAAAUGCAUCGAGGACUGAUGGAAGUGCUAGUCGAGAAGGUAUCCUGUUUGUAUAACUUGUCUUUUCUUUUUUUUUUUUUGUAUUACAACUGAAGAAAUAUUGAUGUAUAUGAAACAAAUAAAUGGAGGGGACAGGAUUCUCUCUUCUACAUUGA